AUACACUGCAACCGCUCUUGCAGGAUCUACAAGAAAGAUAUCAAGAAUGACCAGAGUUUCAACAAUCAGCAACAUGAACAACAUUGAACAGCAUGAUCAAUACUCCAGCAAUGGUUUUACAGAAUCCAAAGUAGUUUCUACAAAAGGACGUCCUUCUGGUGUCACUAAUCGUCAAGGAACUAACUCAAUCAGAAGAGAUUCUUCCAGAUUUGAGGACGAAUUUCGUAAACUAAAAUCAGAUGGUCCACAAUUCUCCGAGCUCGAUCUGAUCAAAUAUCGAAAACAGCUCGACGAAGAUCGCGAAGCCAGGUUGAGUACUACAGGACUUGCUACUUCUUCAAAAAAGAAAAAUCCUUCGUCUACUCCAAGUAGAAGUGGUAGUCCGUAUAGGGAUCAUCGGCAGAGGUAUUCUAGUGAAGAAAGUGGCGAGAUUAGGGAGGAAGAGAAUAAUGAUGAACGUGGUAGUUCUCAAAAUCAACGCGAGGAACACGAAUCCAAGCGCAAAAGGCACUCCAAAGAAAAACACCAUCAUAGUCGACAGAAGCGAAAAUACUCAGAAAGUGAAGCUGACGACAAUGAUAAACACUCUCAUCAUUCUCAUAAACGUCGUAGUCGUCAUAAAGUGCGACACGACGUAAAAAGACGCUCGUCUGGAAGUGAGGAGGAAGAAUCAGAUGAUGAAAAACCACGAAAACGUCAUCAUCAUCAUCAUGGACGUCAUUCGCAUAAGAAACCUCACCUUAAACAAAAAAUACAAGCAGAAGAACAACAUCGAGGAGACACUCCUGUUCGUCUGUCAGAGUAUCUUAAACACGGAAGUAGUAGUUCGGAUGAGUAA